AUACGGAGCGGUUAUGCGCGACCAAGGAGACGGCCGGUAUGUGCCACCCCAUCUGCGAAACUCAGCAGUGAAUGGUACACAGCCCAAUACCCACAAUGUACAAGCAGCCGCACCCACACAACAGACUCUGACUCUGACUCAAGCAAGUACUGGCCAGGAAAAUGCAAAUGAGCAAGCAAGCGGUGCCCGCUCAGGGGUGGAGGGCAAAGAAGACGCGACAGUGGGUAGUGGGGAGAAUGCGGAGAGUGAGGGAACGCUAACAACGGACAUAGACAUACAGCAAUCACAGGCACCGGACACGGAUACAGACACACCAACGCAACCCACCGACCGACAGGGCUCACAGGGCAGCACAGCAGAGCCCACACAACCUACGACAGACACUCCACAGCCCUCGGAGGAGAAGGCCAAGACAGCUACCCCCGACACCAAGGCCACAAACGCUGGUGGUGACCUCAAGACUGCACCUGAGGGCUCGGAAAAGGGGCCGGAACAGUCCUCGAACACAGCUACACCCAGCUCCGCCUCGCCGUCCGUGAUGUCCGACCCAGCCAUACUCUCGGGCAAUAAGUCCAAGCUCAGACCCACAGCCAAAGCGUUCAACCCGAGCGCCAAGGCUUUUGUACCGGGGGGGGGUAGCAGGACUGACUCUAUGCCACCCGCGCCUGCGAUCAAUGGGGGCAUGGGGGGAGGCAUGCCCAUGAAUGCGGCCGACUACAAGCAACAGCAGCUGCUCAUUCAGCAGAUACUGUUCCAACAGGCGCAGCAGCAACUGAAACAGGCCCAGCAAAUGGGCUUCAGUCCAGGACAGAACUUCUACCCCAACGGUGCUGGGCGUGGCAUGGUUCCCUACUUCGCUGGCCCGGGUGGUGUACCCAUGCCUGUCCCUGCUGGCUAUCAGAUGCCUGGCAGCGGCAGUGGAGGGCCCACACAGAUGGACUACAAUGCCUAUCUCGCAGCCAUGGCUCAGCAACGCAUGAGCCCUAAUAUGGUACCCAUGCCAUUUGAUCCCUCAGGUACACCCUCGCCCAGAGGGGGGUCGCCACUACCACACAACGCGCACGCACAGCCACAGCAGCAACAGCCUAUUCAGCAGCAGCAGCAACAAGGACAGUUGGAUGCCAUGGCUAUACAUGCGCACGCACAGGGGCAAGCGCAUGCGUUCGCACAAGCUCAGGCACACGCUCAAGCUCAAGCCCAGCUCAUGCGCCAGCAUGGAGGCCGGGUAGGACCAUUCUCGCCACACGGACACCCGCAGGGACUGCCAUCUAACAUGCACCAACAACACCAAACACUGGGACAGAAUCAGCCCCAGCACCCAGGUCAAGGGCAGGGCCAUAACAGACCCAAAUCAUCACAUUCACACCAUAGUGGAGGGCGCAGGAGCAAUGCAUCAUCGAAUGCUGCUUCGCCAUCACCACAACCCCCACAGCACUCAGGCAAGAAGUGGAAUAAUAACAAGACACCAAGGGCACCUGUGGUUAGUCAGGAGGCGCAGAACUAG